GGGCAUGGGGGGCUGGGGUAUGACCUCAGAUCUGAGUCUUUGGUACUGAAUCACGUGGCAGCCCAGGAGGCCACCCAGCCCAGCCGGAGGACACCUCACUGCCCAGGACAGGAGCUGAACCUGCACUGUUCCCAGCCGCAUCUUCCCCCCACAGAGGCCAGCAGAGCUGCCUGGCAGAGCCAGAUCCCGGGAGUCAGCCCAGCCCCAAGGAGGGAGGGCAGAGGCUGGGAGUGGCGCCAGGGCUUGGCCCAGGUGGCAGGAGUAGGCGGGGCCCCUGCCUGGGCUCUGUCCGCCUGAGUGUCAGGCUCACUCGUCCACCACUUCGCCCUCGCCAUCACUGCACCCUCGCGGUCACCAUCCAAGCCCCAGGCUGGCCACCUCCGAAGCCCCUGACACCAUGGAGGAGUGGGACGUGCCCCAGAUGAAGAAGGAGGUGGAGAGUCUCAAGUACCAGCUGGCCUUCCAGAGGGAGAUGUCAUCCAAGACCAUCCCCGAGCUCCUCAAGUGGAUCGAGGAGGGGAUCCCCAAGGACCCCUUCCUGAACCCGGACCUGAUGAAGAGCAACCCGUGGGUGGAGAAGGGCAAGUGCGCCAUCCUAUGAGGCCCCCCGACUCUACCUCCCGGGAACCAGGACAACUCUGCGAGGGUCGGACUUUUAUAAAGAC